UUUGCUUUAUUGAUUUUUUUUGUCUUAAAUAAUAUUUCAAUGCUAGUGAAAUCUUUACAAACUUGCAAAAUUUGUGGAGCAGAAAAUACACGUGGCAAUCAUUUUGGAGUUCAAUGUUGCAGAGCAUGUGCGGUAUUUUUUAGGAGAAGAGCAGGCACCAAAUAUUUACGUUUGAAAUGUCUUUCCGUACACUGUGGAGAGGCUGCUCGUUUUUGCAAGCCGUGCCGACUGAAACGAUGUUACGAGGCCGGGAUGAAAAUUGAAUAUUUUCAACACAAUCGGGACUCUAUUAAGUCCUCGUCAAUUGCCCAAAUUCCCCGCUCCUUCGCCAAUAUUGUGGGCCGCCCGAGCUUGGUGAUCUUCUGUGUUCCACAGGAUUCCUAUCAGAAAACAUUUGUAGAUCUGAACAGCUUGGUAGGAAAAGCUUCGGAAAUAUUUACAGCUGGUCCGGAAAGCCCGUACAUUGGCUUAACGCAGCUUAAAAAGUUAGCGACAUUUUCGAAUUGCUCUAAAGAGUGGGCUCAAACACGUUUUAAAACCAUCAGUCACGGAGAAAUGUCCUAUUUCUGGGAGUUUUAUUUUUUGAGGACCGCCAAAUGGUUGACAUAUUUUGAUGAGUUUCAGCGGAUUCCAGAUGAAAUAAAGAUAAAACUUCUCCUAUCAUUUUGGCACGUUUUUGCAAGACUCGACAAGCUGAUCACAACUGCAAAAGCCCGAAAACUAAAAUUAUGCUCGCAGCAGACAUGGGCAAUGAGUAAUGGAUUGAUUUUGGAUUUUGAUAGGACAAAGGUCGAUUUUUCGGAUAUUAGCAAUUACCCCACGGAAGACCUAUUCUAUUUCCUAAACUCAAUCACCGCAUUGGAUCUUCAGCCACAAGUUUUGGAACUCAUGGAGCUAGAAGUUUCAGAUAUGGAAUUCAACUUUAUGCUUGCUCAGCUAACAUUUUCAUAUGCAGGAAAACGAUUUCAAGGGGAUAUUCUGAAGAUUUGUGAUAGGUUUCAAGAAGUCCUGUCAAAUGAUUUGCACGAGUAUUAUGUAAAAGAAAUGAGAACGCCGAGAUAUUCUGGAAGGUUAGGCAAAAUUAUGAAGAUCAAUAAUGCUAUACAGAACGACAUUUGGAAAAACCGCCCACGCGGGGAGCUUGCCGCAAUUUUCAAUGUUUUCAAAGUGGAGUUCUCCCAUCCUGAAAUGUUUAUUGAUACUGGAUUUGUCAGAAAUUGAAUGUUCAAAAAUAAAUUAUUUUUACUUCUG